AUGAAGAUUCGUCCAGUUUCGGGAUACAGUUGUUUGGUUCCCUCAAAACCAGCCAACAAAAAAUUUAUUCCUAUGAAGGAAUUAUACAAAGUUAUCAAGGAAGAGAAGUCAAAACUGAACGUAUAUUGUAAAUCCAAAGAAGAAGCAUCUAAACCAAAAGAAGCAUCUAAACCAAAAGAAGCAUCUAAACCAAAAGAAGCAUCUAAACCAAAAGAAGCAUCUAAACCAAAAGAAGCAUCUAAACCAAAAGAAGCAUCUAAACCAAAAGAAGCAUCUAAACCAAAAGAAGCAUCUAAACCAAAAGAAGCAUCUAAACCAAAAGAAGCAUCUAAACCAAAAGAAGCAUCUAAACCAAAAGAAGCAUCUAAACCAAAAGAAGCAUCUAAACCAAAAGAAGCAUCUAAACCAAAAGAAGCAUCUAAACCAAAAGAAGCAUCUAAACCAAAAGAAGCAUCUAAACCAAAAGAUACAUCUAAACAGGACAACACUAUCUCAAAUGGUGUUACCGACACAUUUAGCUUCGAAGCAGCUUUGUGUGCAGGAAAUUUCUCAGCUCACAAUUCGAGAGAGAAAUCAUCAAAGGAUGUAAAGGAGAAAGUAAACAACAAGAAAAGGAAAAUGGAUCAUGACGGAAUACCUCCGCCAAAAAGAAGUAUAUAUGGUUAA